AUGCUACUCUCUACCACCUACGCUGGCGGAAUUACGAGCCGGAAGUGUUCUAAUACAAUAAAUAAGGAGUGGUGUGCUGUAAGUUACUUUGCGUCAGGUAACACCGCUAACUUUGGCUGCGCAAACGAAUUCGCAAUACCGUUUGGCUCGAUGACUUGCGGUGAUGGGCCUGGUUUCAUUAACACCCAAGGCUGCUCUAUGGCCAAUACACCUUCGGGGCCGUGCUACUUUUGCUGUUGUCGGGGAGGCUCGUGCAAUCAUCCAGCUGUGUUUGCCCGAGAAGUUUCACGCCUUAUUACUUUUCCUCAGGGGCUGCAACAAGUGUUCUUCGAUGGAGCCAUUCCUUAUCGAUUUUCGUUAUCGUCUUAUUUAUUACUUUGU